AUGAUUCAUCCAAUAAGGAGUAGGAAGGAGUAGAUGUGGUGGCCCUACUUUUUACCAGAUGAUUAAAUUUAUUGUUUUACAAUAGUUAACCUUCAACAAUGUUAUUGUUAUUAUAUUUCAGUAAUUAGCGAAUUUGGCGAUUAUAAAUGUAUUAUGGUGUAGUGUAGUGUAGAGUGUUUUGCAAUGUGUUUUAACCUACAUUUACAUUAAUUUAUACAAACAUGGACAUCAGGGACAUACCAUCCACGUCUUCCUGUGAUCCUUUAUUUGAAGAUGAAAUUGAUCAGAGGACAAUACCACCCCCCAAAGUCAAGAGAUUCACGAAUGUUAUGUCCAUUAACAAUGCAGACAGUGACAGUGAAGAGGACACCCGUGAAAUUGUUGUUAAUUACACAGGAAGUUGCCCUCUUAUAUCGUCACAACGUAGAAGAGUCGAAACUAGUAAAGAAAAAGUACAAACUGGAAGUCUUAACGUUUUAUCAGCUAAGUAUGAGAGUUUGGAUUACGACACCUGCGAAAACCACCUACUUUUAGACGAAGAAAGAAAAAAGGGUUACAAAUUUAUAGUACAAAAAAGUAUAGCGAGGUGGUUUAUAUUUUUAUUGAUAGGAAUGUGCACAGCCCUAAUAGCUUGUGUCAUAGAUAUAUCCAUAGAAGAAUUAUCAACUAUUAAAUAUGCAUCUUUAAGCAAAAGUGUCGAUAAAUACGUCACCGAAGGUGAACUAUACAAGCCCUACGGGCUAUGGAUCCUCUACAAUAUCGUACCAGUCCUGAUAGGCUCGAUUUUGGUAGCCUACGGGGAACCCAUAGCUGCUGGCAGUGGGAUACCGCAAGUGAAGUGCUACCUCAACGGUGUGAUGGUGCCUAGAGUGGUACGGGUGAAGACUUUGGUGGUCAAAAGCAUCGGCGUCAUAUGUUCUGUGGUUGGAGGACUAGCUGGAGGAAAGGAAGGCCCAAUGAUCCAUUCCGGUGCUGUGGUAGCUGCUGGUAUCUCGCAGGGGAAAACGAGUACCUUUAAUAAAGACUUCAAAGUCUUUAAAUACUUUCGAGAGGACCACGAAAAAAGAGAUUUCGUAUCAGGCGGUGCAGCUGCUGGUGUAUCAGCUGCCUUUGGAGCUCCAGUCGGUGGAGUAUUAUUUAGUUUGGAGGAAGGAACCAGUUUUUGGAACCAGAGUUUGACGUGGAGGACCUUUUUCGCUUCAGUCGUUUCCACGUUUACGCUUAACGUGGUCCUUUCGGCUUACCACGGAGCGCCAGGCAAUUUCAAUUAUCCAGGAUUGUUAAAUUUAGGAAAGUUCGAGGCUUUUAGUUACGAAUAUUACGAAUUACCUAUCUUUCUGAUCAUGGGCUCCUUGGGCGGCUUAUUCGGGGCCUUAUGGAAUCAUAUCAACUAUAAAAUUACUGUGUUUCGAAUGAGAUAUAUUCGUCCUAGAUGGAUGAAAGUAAUCGAAGCUUGCAUUGUUGCCGCUGUUAGUGCCACUGUAGGAUUUUUAAUGAUGUUCACCAUCAACGACUGCAAACCUUUGGGCUCAGAUCCCACGAGAUAUCCCACACAGUUAUACUGUCUAGACGGCCAAUACAACGUCCUGGCCAGUAUUUGGUUCCAAACACCGGAAGCCUCCGUCCGGUCUUUAUUCCACGAUCCACCAAAUACACAUAACGCAAUUUCGCUAGCCUCAUUUGUAAUCAUAUACUUUUUCCUCGCCUGCUGGACAUUCGGAUUGUCCACUUCCAACGGACUCUUCAUUCCGACCUUACUUACGGGAGCAGCAUGGGGAAGGUUGGUUUCCAUUGGAAUCUAUUACGUAUUUCCGAACGUGGGUCUCAUUCAUCCAGGAAAAUAUGCCUUAAUCGGCGCAGCAGCUCAAUUAGGCGGUGUGGUACGAAUGACCAUCAGCUUGACUGUGAUAAUAAUGGAGACUACCGGAAACAUUUCUUUUGCUCUUCCACUUAUAAUCACUCUCAUUGCUGCUAAGUGGACGGGAGAUUUUUUCAAUGAGGGCAUUUACGACAUACUUAUCCAACUGUGGGGUAUUCCCCUUCUACCGUGGGAACCCCCACCGCUCGUUCAUAAUAUAUACGCCAGUGAAGUCAUGUCACAUCCAGUAGUAACAUUAAAAUGUGUCGAAAAUGUCGGGCACGUCGUCGAAUUGUUAAAAUUGACCACUUACAACGGAUUUCCUGUUGUGGAUCCACCUUUAACAGACCAGAAUGAAGUAACCACGUACGGACGUAUCAGAGGAAUAAUUCUUAGGUCUCAGUUGGUGGUGAUCUUGCAGAAGAAAAUUUUUAACGAAACAGUUGAUGUUUGGUACAAUAUUAACCCAUCCUUGUUUCGAGAUUCUUAUCCGAGGUACCCAACCAUAGAGGAUUUAGAAUUAACUGACGACGAAAAAACAUGUUCGAUGGAUCUUAGGCCGUUUAUGAACCCAUCUCCUUACACAGUUUUACAUUCUUCCUCGCUGCCAAGGAUGUUCAGGCUGUUUAGAGGUCUUGGACUGCGCCAUUUGCCAAUUGUCAAUGAUACAAAUGAGGUGGUUGGUAUGGUGACCAGGAAAGAUUUAGCUCGAUACCGAGUAUGGAGGCAUAGGGGCCACAUGGGGGUAGAAGAAUUGUUUAUUUCCAAAGAGGUUUAGAUUUAAAGGCUGUUGAAUCUUAUGAAGUAUUAACAGAACAAUAGGAAAUUCUAUUUUUAUAUUGAGAUGUAUCUAUUUUUAGCUUUUCAACCAGCGACUUUCCAAAGAAGUGAUGGUCAGAUGUGCAUAUUAUUUAUAUAGGAAGAUUUUUUUUACGUUACAGUGAUAUACAAUUGCGAUGAGAUUUAUAUGAAAUGAACAGUGGGUUUUUAUAUAAAAUAAGUAUGACAAUACUUGGAUUAACACGUUGGCUGCCGUAAGACACAAAUGUUGUAUCUAAUGUUGUUGUUGAUAACAGCCGCGUGACACACCGUAGUUGUCUCAAAAGCAUAGAAACGGGCAGUGGCGGCUCGUCAGAGGAGGCAAGGGAGGCUCAGCCUCCCCAUAAAUUUUUUACACACUCUACACUGUUUUGUUUAUUAUGAAUCGCGAAAACAACAAGCACUCUCACUAUUAUACAACGUGUAAAUUCCAUAUUAUCACUAAUUAUCCAUACGUAAGGAGCAUUAGCAUUAUAAUGCAUGAUCGCGUCUCAGUUUUAUUACAUAUUAUUGUAGGCAGGACCCUGGGUUAUCCCGAGAUGCAUGAACGGAGCACGGAGCCGAGAAGCCCAGCAGUCUCCGUUGCUAUUGCUCCGUGCAGCGCAGCAGGCCUUUAAGGAGACCCGGUCUCCUAACAGUGGCAUCUACGGUGCCAUCACACGCUGCCCGGAGAUAUACCAAGGGAGGCAGAAUAGCUUCUCGGCUCCGUUGCGUGGUUGCGUGCGUCUCAGGACAACGAAUUUUAGGGUCCUGACUAAAAAUAAUGAAAAAUCUAAAAGUGCGAAUUUUGUUAUGAAAUUUGGUAUGUGGGGUUAUAAUAAUAUUUGGAACAACUUACUCAAAUAACUUUUUCCGAUAUAUCUCUAACUCAAAGCAAAAUAUCGGUAAUUUAUGGUGUUUUUGAAUUCGCAGUAGGCCGCGUUUAGAAUUAAAAAAUUCAGUUGAGUAUCUUAAAAAAUUUGAAGCUUCAUUAUGUAUGGACUGCAAAACUUCAAAUCUGUAUUUAUUUUGAUAUGCGAGGUAUCUAUUUACAAAUAGAUGGAAUUGUUAACAAAUAAACGACACAAACUUUGGUAUUAAACUUUUAUAAUUAGACUAACUAUUUUUAAAAUGAUAUGAUAUCAUGAAAUUAUGAAUUAAGAUGAUAUUAUGAAAUGUAAAUAAAAAAUGGUCAAAAAAUGGGGCCUUAAAUUACAUUUUUUGGCGCAUUUUUUUGCUAGUGCAAAUUUGUCUAGAUAUUUUACAGUUAGGUAUAGCCUCCCCUAUUGUAAAAAUCACGAGCCGCGACUGGAAACGGGAGAUUCAUAUGCAUAAUAUUAUGGCAGCCAAUGUGUUAAUCUUAAUUAAGGGAUCUUAAAACUAUUAAGUAUACCGUGACAAUUUUGUUUAUUUUUAUGUCUUUUUAAUAUUGUUUCAGAUUUUGAUAAAAUAAUACCAGACAAUAAAUGCAUACACAUUAUGUCAAUACGUACAAACAACUCAUUUUUAUACAUGACUAACAAAUUUUACCAUAAUUUUCUCAUGCAAGCUUUACGAACCUACCACAUUUAAGCCUGGAUCCCGCGUACCAAAAAAAGUUGAUUAAUAGCAAACUGAAAAUUUGUUAAUAGCUUAACGGUGUCUAGACGUACAAAGAAAAAAUGUUUGUCCGACAAAUAUGUUGGGCAUUUUACUAAGUCCGACACGUAGAACAUGCCAAACGACAGGAUUUAUGUUGGUGGUAAAUACCAGUCUUAUUUUUGCAUGAGAGUUUGAUGAAAGGGUAGCAAAUCAAUUGGAAGUUCUGUCCGACAAAAUACAGGGGAUGUUUUUGUAGUCUGAAGUUCGAAACCUGUAACCUGUUCCAGUGUUCCCGUACAUCAAGGUUUAUCCGACUAGACACCGUUAAGCUAUUAACAAAUUUUCAGCUUGCUAUUAAUCAACUUUUUUUUGGUACGCGCGAUCCAGGCCUAUUAUCAACAAAUGUUUCUUCACCUCGUUAGUAUAGUACGUCUUUUAAAAAGUAUGUGGAAAUUUUAGAAAUGUUUCCUAUAUCUGGAGGUUCGACAUUACAGGGUGAUUCAUUAAGAAUUUCCAAUCUCUGAGUUGUAAAUUCUAACCUCAAUAUAUUAAGAUUUAACCCAAAUUGCUUAGAUAAAAUAUGCCUCGUUACUAAGUUACAGGGUGUUUUAUUUAAAAAUUUAAUAAGUAUUUUUACCCAGUACUUUAAAACUAUUUGACAUAUCCUUGUCAUACUUUUCAGAAAGUGUAGUUACCGUACACCCUACUAAAUUAUGAUAAUCAAACGUUUCUGGCUACUACCAGAGGAGUACGACAGGGGACAGUGAAUGGUUUACCCUUCCCAAAUUCUACGCCACUGGCGAAAUUGCUAUUUUGGCACAAUAUUCUACAAUACUUUCUAGAUAAAUAAUUUCCUCUUUAUUCGUAACGAUAAAGUCAUUAGUUUUCGAGAUAUUUGAACUUGAAAAUGAAACGGCAGAGCCAUUUUGAUUAAUGUAUUGUGCCCCUUCACUUUUAACUUCAAAUAUCUCGAAAACUAAUGAUUUUAUCGGUACGAAUGAAGAGUAUAUUAUUUACAUAGAAAGUAUUGUAGAAUCUAAAAAUUAUGCUAAAAUAGCAAUUCUAUCAGUGGUGUAGAAUUUGGGAAGGGUCAACCAUUCACUUUCCUCCGUACGCCUCUGGUAGUAGACAGAAAUGUUUAUUUAACAUAUUAAUAGGAUUUAUUUAGCUUUUUAGCUAUUACAUUACAAAUAAACAUUUACAUAUAUUUAAAUAACUAUAACUUAAAAACGAAAAAUCAACUAAUUCUUAAAAUACAAUUUUUUUAACCUACUUUUGAAGACUUUAACAUUUGGUGAAUCUUUUAUGCUAGAUGGUAGACUGUUAUAUAUUCUUAGUCCUUCAACAAAAAGAGUUUUUUCCAUGGCACUUGUAUUGAACCUUUUAAUAUGAUAAUUAUCAAAUCUUAAAUUAUACUGACCUAACAAAAGUGAUCUUUUAAUGACAUAAUUAUUGAAGUAUUGAGGAGCUUGCUUGUUAAUAAUUUUAAAUAUUAACACCAAACAUGACUCAGUAAUAAGCUGAUUAACAUCUAAAAAAUUUAAUGUUUCCAGCAUAAAGUUUAUAGAGGUAUACUUGCUACAUCCAAGGACGAUUCUCAUAGCUUUAUUUUGAAGCAACUGCAAACGAUAUACCUGUUCAUUUGAACAUGAAAUAAACAGUGACAUACAAUAAUUAAAAUGCGGAAAUAUUAUUGUAUUAUACACAACCUUCCUAGACCAUCGGGAAAGCCCUUUAGAUAUUCUAGAGAAGUAACCGAUUUUUUUACCAAUUUUUUUACACAGAAAAUUUAUAUGUUUGGUAAAAUUUAACUGUGGAUCAAAUAAAAUUCCAAGAUAUUUAAUUUCAUCUACAUAGCUUAUUAUAUCUUCACCUAUUUUAAUACUAAAAUUUCCUUGAUUAAAUUUAGAACAAUUUAUCUUAGUACCCAAAAUCAUACACUUAGUUUUUUGAGCAUUUAGUUUCAAUUUAUUUGCCAUCAACCAAUUAUUAAGAAUAUCUAAUUCAUCAUUUAUUGUUUGAACUAAAUUAUUAAAAUCUUGUCCAGAGACAAAUUAAUUAUCAUCUGCAAACAGAUUUACAAAUGAAUGUUUAAGAUAGAGAUGUAGAUCAUUUAUAUAUAAAACAAAUAAUAAUGGUCCAAGAACGCUUCCUUGGGGAACUCCAUAUAUAGUACCUAUUUCGUCUGAAAUAUUAUUAUUUACUUUAGUUUUUUGACAUCUACCGUUUAGAUAAUUUUCUAGCCAUUAACAUAUAUUAAUUGCGUGUGCAGUAGCUACACUUUUUGGCAAGUAUGAUAAAGGUAUUUAAAUUACUUUUAAGGUACUGAGUAUAAAUAAUUUUUAAAUCAAACAUCGCUAUUACAUAAAUAUUAACUAUUUGUAUCUAGUACUUUAAAAGUAUUUGACAUAUCCUUAUCAUACUUAGCAGAGAGUGUAGGUACUGUACACCUUACUAAACACUGUUAAAUAAACCUUUCUGGAUACUACCAGUGGCGCACGACAGGUGAAAGUGAAUGGUUGACCCUUCCCACAUUCUACGCCACUGGCGGAAUUACUAUUAGUGCAUUUUUUCGAUUCUCCCAUACUUUCUAUGUAAAUAAUAUACUCUUCAUUCGUACCGAUAAAAUCAUUAGUUUUCGAGAUAUUUGAAGUUAAAAAUGAAGGGGUACAAUACAUUAAUCAAAAUAGCUCUGUCGUUUCAUUUUCAACUUCAAAUAUCUCGAAAACUAAUGACUUUAUCGUUAAGAAUAAAUAGUGUAUUAUUUACAUAGAAAUUAUUGGAGAAUCGAAAUAUUGCGCUAAAAUAGCAAUUCCGCCAGUGGCGUAGAAUUUGGGAAGGGUAAACCAUUCACUGUCCCCUGCCGUACGCCCGAAACGUUGAUUUAACAUAAUUUAGUAGUAUGUACAGUACAAAAAUUUUCUGCCAAUUAUGACAAGGAUAUGUCAAACAGUUUUAAAGCACUGGGUAAAAAUAGUUAUUAAAUUUUUAAAUAAAACACCCUGUAACUCUGUAACGAGCCACAUUUUAUUUAAGUGAUUUGGGUUAAAUCUUAAUAUUUUUAGAAUAUACAUCUCAUGGACAUUCUUAAUGAAUCACCCUAUUUAUGUUGUCGUGAUACUAUUGAUGAACGAUAUUUUCUAAAAUACUUCUUUUUGUCUCCGAAUGAUGUCAUCUUCAGUGACAACUGAUAGCAGGAGUAGGUUCAUCAGAACGUUAGCUCACUGAACAGAUGUCUUCACACAGUGUUUUGGCAGUUGGAUAUGCAGGAACCAAGAAGAAGCUCCGAAAGAAGAUGUUAGACCACUGAGCUGAUUUCGUCAUACAGUCAUUUGUAGGAAGCUGCCAAAAAGAUUGGUAAAGAUAAUUUUACGGCAAAUAUUGAAAAUAUUCUUUAAACUCUCACAUUUUUGUCUCCAAAUUUCCUCUUCGGUGACAAUUGACAGCAGUAGUAGUUUCUGCGAGACGUUAGCUCACUGAGUUGAUCUCUGAACUGUACACUCUUGUACAGUUUUUUAGCAGUUGGAUGGAUAUUAACCCAUUAUCGCCGAGAAAAUUUUUUUGUUUUCGACAAAAUUUAUUAAAAAUCGUUAAAUGUAACAGUAUUCUGUACAAAACGUAACAAGAAUUUUUUUUGUAAAUAAAAUAAUUAUUGAGAAAAAAACUGUUCCCAUAUGGGACUACCAGGCGCGAACCCGAUAGAUGUUCGUUAAGAGUUACUUGGUAAGAAAAUUGCGAACAGUCAAUACAAAGGACCACGUCAUAUUUGCAGCACAUUGUUCCCCCUCAACUUAAAAAUCCAAUCCGUGCGCAUCUUCUUCUUUUGUUUUCUGGUACAGAAACCACAAAAUAUUUAAUCUCUCGUACCAAAUAUCUCCAAUUCGAUAGUCACUUCUUGCAGCUGUGGACACCCUUCCUGGUGGUUUUGGUGGGAUUUUAUAUCUUAUUAGAUACAUUUGGAUAAUUGCCCGUGUAAAUUACAAUUGGCUAAUGGUACGACCAGAUUUCCUAUACAACUUCCAUGCAUUUUUAAUGUUCGCGUCCAGUAGGUAUGUAAAAUAGGCCAAUACCAUUUUUUGGAACGGAUUCCAAUUCGAUAGCAAGAUAAAUCGCUAACCAUCAAAUCAGUGCCACCCAUAUUAUUAUUCUAUUUUGAAAUAAUAUUUUAGACCUCGGAACAACAAUGUUUUUUAACCUGCCUUAAAAACUUUUUAACAGGUCUAGUUGGUGUAAUCUAAAAAGUUCUAACCAGCAUACUUUGAGUUAUCAGACUCUGGAAAAUCAUAUACUGUAGAAACCAAAUCCCUUUCUUAGCAAAAAUUUGCAUUUUGCUGCAGCGUGAACAUAAUUAGACCUCUAUCAGUUGGCGCAAGUGGAAUUGCUCUGCUAGUACGUGGUGGAUUCUUCUACGAUCGUGUCUUAAGCAAUGCUUUCGAUUCUAGUAUCAUUCGAAAAACAAUUUCCGCACCCGAAGACAGCUGGUUACGAUUUCGACUAUCAGUAAAACUUGCGUCAUCUUCAUCUGCCGAAUCUUCGUCUGUCAAAAUGUUUGGAGAUUCUAUGUAAACGGCAGAAACAUCUUUAUUACUUUCGUUUUCCUCGAAAGCUAUAUCAAGAUCUUAUUUCAAAGAAAUUCCUCAAAAAUAAGAAAAGUAAAAAAGAAUAGUGAAAACAACAUAUUCAGUAAACCGCCUAGCGGUUCCAUUUGGAAACACCCAUAUUUUUGGCCUAAUUACGAAAAAACCAAAAGAUGAAAUAUCAUGAAAACCCGUACAAGGUAUUUAUUAAAGUUUGUAGAAAAUCUUUUGAAAAUAAAAACGAGGAUCCUAGUGCAAAAAGUAAUAAAUAAAAUACACGAAACGAAUGACCAUAUUUUGCCACAAACAAAACGAACCGUAAAUUAAAAAAUUUAUUACACUGGAAAAUAGGUAUAAAACUAAAUUUGAAUUGCUCAUUCAAGAAGAGGUAACCUUGAACUACAAAUAGGCCGAAUCUCUCUGCGAAAUUUUACCUAACAAUAUGGUAAAUAGUUGGGUAAAUAGUUAAUGGGUUAAGCUACCAAAAAGGAUUGGGAAAGAUAAUUUUAUGGCAAAUGUUGAAAGUAGUCUUCGAAAUGUCACAUUUUGUCUUCAAAUUUCCUCUUCGGUGUCAACUGACAGCAAGAAUAAAUCCCACAGAAUGCUAGCUCACUGAGCUGAUAUCCUCAUACAGUUUUUUUGGCAGUUGGAUAUGCAGAAAUCAAGAGGAAGCUUUAAAAAAAAUAUGUUAACUCACUGAGCUGAGUAUUUCACUUCGGUUAACACUGACAGCAAUAGUAGUCUCAACCAGACGUUAGCUAACUGAGCUGAUGUCCUCAUGCAGUGCUUUAGCAGUUAAUUGCACACCAAUGCUAUUUAUAAUUUCCAUAAAUAUAUUCUCCCUAAUAGUAUGAAUAAGAACAAAGUUCCACCUACUUUCUAGGCUAUAUUAUAUUGUUUAGGUUUGAUGUAUAUUUUCCUUAAAUGAGUUACUGUUACCAUACGUAUUUAGGUAUGAUAAUUUUGUGAUAUUUUAGUUAAGCCUCAAUUUUUUUAGACAAAUUUAAAUUUUAAAGGUCAUUUAAUGUAUUUAGUGAUUUUUUUGUGUCCCCUUAGCUGGAUUGUAGAAGUUUCGCUACAGAUUAAAAGUUCACAUUUUAUUUCUAUUAUCUAUAAAAACAGUUCUCGAAUAUUUUAUUUAGUUAUAGGUAUUUUGUGGUGCCCCUGUAGCUAAAAUGGUAUGAGUUUGGCUAAUAAUUCAAAUGGUCUAUUAUUGUUAUAGUUACGUACAUGGAAUUAGUAGAAAGAAAAUACUUAACAAUUUAAAAAAUUCGUCUUUCUUCUUUUUUUCCUAUUAAAUUUGCCCCAUACCUAAAGAAGAUAUCUGCCUCUGACAUCUCUGAAAGUUUUUUACUAUUAUUUUUACGCUUUUAACAGAAUUUUUUUUAUUUUUUAAGUUAUAACCUGGUUACUUAUUUUUUAUGGUCACCUUGUACCUGAACUAAAUACAUUAAAUGAUUCUAUGAAAACCGAAUUAUACUAUGUAUUUACGUUUUUCCUAUAUCAGUCACCAACGGUUUAAAAACGGUAAAUUUGUUACAGAUCAAAUGUAAAUUUACACGGUUUGAUUAUACGAGGGUGGUCUGAUUAAUUUUUUCGUGGAACUUACAAUACAUAUAACCACGCUGUUUUUUUGGCUUCACAUUUAUGACAGACGUUAUGUGUUGGAUAACGUAUGUUAAAACCGCAAGAAAAUUGUUCUAAUGUAACCCUACUUUUACGUCAAACCACCUCGUAUAUGCUUACCAUAGACAUAUAUAAUACCUAGACUGCCCACUGCAAUUUAAAAUUGUUCCCCCAGUGGGAUGGAGAAAAAUGACUGCAAACAGUGUAUGCAUCUCUUUCUGAUUGGCGGGCUUUAUCAAAUCGGCGGCAGUGAGAAAGUCACGUAGUCGAUAAACCCAACGUCAUUGGAUAAACUCCGUCGAUUAGAAAGAGAUGCCUACCCUAGGUAUAACAUUUUCCCCCGUCGCGGUCGCACUGAGGGAACAGUUUUAGUUUGCAGCGCGAUGCCUAGGUACCUACAUAUUAAGUUUGUUCUAUAGUUGAUUUUUUAACCAAGAGGAGUAAACUAAAAAGACAGAUUCACACCCAAGAAAGUUACUAGAAAAGUCACCAAAUUCAUCUUCUUUUUUCGUUGAUCAUAUCAGCUUUCGAUGAUAAUCCAUACAUCUUAUUGGGACCGUGCAAGCUCGGCAAAGCGACCUCUAUUUCUACGCUCUGUACUUUUAUUCGCACUUUUAAUUAUAUUGGCCAAUUAUAUUAGUCCUGGUUGCUGGAUAAUUGUCAAGGCCAUAGUCCAAAAAAAUAAUAAGAAGAAAAAAUAAGAUGCAGGUUAUGUUAUGCAAACGUAAACAAUUGUAUGUAGUAAAUAAAAUUAGUUAUUAAAAUACAGUACUGCAAGCAAAAAUACAAUUGAUUAAAUUUACCUUUAUAUAAUAAUUGCAUAUCAUAUCAAUAUUGUGGAGCAAUAUAUAAUUUUUCUGCUUCAAUGACAGAAGGUAUGAAAUAUACGUCAAUUUGACAAUUUCAAUUGACAAUAUGAAUUAUUUAAGAUAGUUUCAAUAUUUCUCCGCGACUCGCGCACGGUCGUUUCUCGUUUCCCUUCCAAGUACUUGCACACCGCGAAUAUUAUACUAACACAUCGCUAAAGAGUUCUAAAAACAACUGUUUUUAUAUAAAAGUAGACUAAAAAUCUAAAAAUUAAAGGAAUAAUGCAGAAAACACAAAAAAUCGUCGAUAUACUUAAUUAACCUAUAAAAUGACAGAAGUGCCAAAAUUUCAUAAAUGUCAUUAGUGUCAAAAUUUAAUAACAGUGAAGUAAACUUGCCUGCGGUUGGACCAAUUAGAAACAAGCAUUACGGCGCGGUAAAUUUGAAUCACUCCUCUUGGUUAAAAAACAAACAAUAGCAUGUAGUUUGGUAUUGUUUGACUCCAGAUUAUUAUACUGAUUUCCAGCGCAUGUUCAAUCCACAAACUGUUUUUGUUAGAACGCUUUUUUAUCAGAUAAAAUACCAACGUCGAAUAUCAAAUAAAAUUUCUGUUCUGUUUAUUAUAAUUUUGAGGUUAGAUUAGAAAUAUAUUUUUCUUAUAAGUAGUAAAUAAUGGUAAGUAAUAGUCAAAACAUAUUACUUUCAUUUAAAAUGUAUAAACCUCAAACAAAUAAUUCCACUGCGCAAGUCACAAACUGAAAAUCCGAACAAAAUCCACAAACUCUUUUGACUGUUUCAAGCCAAAGUUUGAAAGUUUUGUUUGAAAGUUUUCAAAUCAAAAUUUACUUUCGUCAGAAAAGUCGACAUAGGGCCGGUUGUUCGAACGCUAAUCAAAAAAUUGAUUAUAAUCAAGUCCUUUAACAACCAUCAAAUAACAAAAUCCGUUGUUCGUACGCCAAUCAGUUGAUUAUAAUCAAUUAUGUUAAUUAUUAUCAUUAUAAUUAACAUAAUUUAUUGAUUAAUGACAUAAUUGAUUAAUUAACAUAACAAUUAUUAACAUAAUUGAUUAACUAAUCAAUUAAUCUCAUAAUUGUAAACAAUUAUGUUUUGAACUGUCAAUGUCAAGUUGACAUUGACAGUAAUUAAAUAUUUGAUAAUGAUCAGUUGAUUCCAAUUUUGAUUAGCGUUCGAACAACCGGCUCUAGUAGUUUCAAACUAGUAAUGUGUAUGAUUGAACGCCAUCAAACAAAUGCGCAUGCUUCUGAUAAUUUCAAACCGUUUGAAACUGAUGCUAGAACAAACCUAUUAUAGUCUAUGAUGCUUACAGUAUUAUUAACCGUUUAUAACUCUGUAACUGUUUUAAAUCGAUAUUUUUAUAAUUUAUUAUUAUUUUAAUCGUUUUUACUUUAAUUUUUUUGCAAACUGUACAAGUAACACAAAUGUUCAAGCCAAUGCAGUUUUCAAACCAACUGUCUACUCCAAAGGUAGUCCUAGUAAAUAUUUAAGUAUCAAAACAGUUUAUAUUUAUUUCAUUUUUGUCAUUUUUAGUUUUAUUAUGUAUUAAAUAUUUACGAAUUGUUAAAGGUUUAUGCGUAUAGCUCAAUAUAUGGUUUUUUUUAUA